AUGAAGCUGACUUCGCAACCCGAGUGCAUUAGAUGUAGUCGAGACAAGCUUUCUCCAAAACUCUACUCUGCUGCAAACAACAUGAGUCCUGCACCAGUUCCACCUGAACUACAGGGUUUAUCACAAGCAGAGGAAAUGCUGAUCUCAGCAGUGAUGCCUCUCAUGUCAGUCUAUCGACUUCGGUAUGGACAGUACGGCUACAGGGGUAACGUCAUCAACUUGCCACAAAACAUCACUACCUUAGCUACCAGUUUGCCGAGACUUCCACUAGAUGUCCUUGUCGUGAGAAAGGAAGGGUAUGACAACUCCCAUCGUGACUUCAGAGUAAGAAGAUCGGUAGUGUUGCGUGCUCUCCUGUGGCUGAAACAGCACAACAAGUACUACCACAACAUUGAAGUAGACCAUGCUGCUGUAAGACAACUGCCUACUGACGGAGACUUGACUGGACUCUGCACAGUUGAACAAACAAUAUUUGAUGACCAACAAGAUCUCGAGCAACCUGCGAACGACGAGAACCCCAAUGACAUUGGCACAUUCGUGCCAACUGCAGCCAGAAAGAUCACCGAGCAGGAAAGUAUUAUAAAUUCUAUACUAGAGCGCCUGUCAUCGACUUGCAGAGAAACUGUGCCCUGGCCUUCAAGAGGUGAAUCUCCUGUCAACGAGUUCACCACCGAGGGUUACAUUUCGUGUGCCUUUCCCACACUACUUCCCACUGGUGCUGGCGAUUUUGUGGCCCCGCGACAACGUGCAGUAACCAUUGGUAACUACUUUAAACAUCUGAUGAUGUAUGGAGAGGGUCAGUUUGCCAAAUACCCACGGUUUCGCUACUUUGCACUAAACACAGAGAUGAGGUGGCGUGCACUGCAAAGUGGCAGAAUUUUUAUCAACCAGCAUCCACAAGAUGCUCGUCUCUCACUGGAAGAACUGAAAGACAUGAUUGACUGUACAGGAGAACUCUUUAGCAAUCGCGUGUUGCACUAUGCCAGCAGCCUGCGCGGUACCAGCCAAUACUGGUUUAAGCAGAGGACAAGGCUUAUUUCCAUGGUUGACACUCUAGGACUGCCCACAAUUUUCUUUAACCACAGUGCUGCAGAUGCACAGUGGCCUGAGCUGGCUCGUCUCAUCUGCCCCGACAACUUAGAUUGCUUUUCCAGUCGCAGCUCUGCAGUGUCAGAAAACCCGGCCGUUGCUGAUUUCUUCUUCUAUAACCGCAUCAGCAAGUUCAUAGAUGCAUUCUAUGUGGAUAUCCUUGGGACCACUGACUACUGGUUCAGGUUUGAGUGGCAGCAUCGCGGAAGUCCACACGUACAUGGUGUUGCAUGGUUUAAGGACGCACCAAAUGUAGAGCAGUUGCUGGCCUGUGAAAACGAUUCUGAUGUUAUUUCAGCAACCGAAGAGAUCACCAGCUUUGUUGACAAAAUCAUCAGCACCAUAAACCCAAGCAUCGCAGCUGAUGGGAGCAAUGCUGAAGAUGCCCCGCCUCCAAAGACUAAGCCUCAACAUGUUUGCAACAAACUAUACUCGGAUGUGGCAGACCUCAAAGUAGACUUAAUAGACCUGAUAGCUACAUGCCAAAGACAUACACGAUGCUCACCAGCUUACUGUCUCAAGAAGAGGAAUGGCCAGCAAGAAUGUCGAUUUGGCUACCCAAAACAACUGCAGCCAGCGACGGCUAUUGUUACCGAGAAUGGGGAGCUGCAUGUACAGACUGCACGUAAUGACUCUCUCCUCAACAGCUACAAUCCAGUGCAGCUGUCUGCUUGGAGAGCCAAUGUCGACAUGCAGUAUGUAGUAUCGAGACAUAGAGUUAUUGAGUAUAUAGCUAAAUAUGCAACCAAAAGUGAACCCCGCUCAAAGGCCUUGAGAGAAGUCUACAACCACAUCAUGAAGAGCCUUAAAGAUGAUGCCACGCCCCUUAAGAUAGUGCAGAAACUUCUGAUUAAUAGUGUUGGACAGAGAGACUAUUCUGCACAAGAAACAUGUCACCUACUUCUGCAGCUGCCCAUGUUUAGAGCAUCGCUUGAUUUUGUCACUCUGAGCCUGGAUGGAUCUCGGGAAGUAGAUAGCAAACUAGACAACGACAGAGCUGUAACCAUCGACUCCCAAGUAGAUCACUAUCUUGCCCGUCCCACCACUGAACAGUUUGAAGAUCUCACUCUCUUGCAGUUCAUUCAGAAAUACAGAAUUCCAAAAAGGGUUGGCGAUGGUCUUAUACAAAGAAGAAAGGAUGUUGUGGUGAUCUGUCGUCCUUACUUCUCCCCAGAUCCAAGUGGUUCACACUAUGAGCAAUAUUGCAAGCAGAAGCUCAUGAUGUACCAGCCGUUCCGACAACUGGAGCAACUUCUAGAAGGGGUAGACAACUAUGCUGCAGCAUAUUCCCUCUUUCUUCAAUCGGGUGCUUCUUCACCAUCCCUUGCAGAUGACAUACAUCGACUUGAGGCAAUGGAAAGAACAGAUUGCGCAACAAGUCUAGAGGAGCACACACCUCAAUUUUUAAAUUCAGUUGAUGAGAGAAGACAUGUUGACUGGUCACUAGCUGCCAAAACUUAUGAAAAUCUUGACAAAAUGCCACACUUUAUCGCUCAACACCGCCAGUUUUACGUGCCUCAACAUACAAACACGGUCGCUGAUUCUGGGCAUCUUCAAGGCAACCAGCUUCAUGCUUACAACAUUGUCCGUGAGCAUUUUGAAAAUGGAUCAUCGUGCAAGCAGCCGCUCAGAAUGAUUGUCUCUGGUACAGCAGGAACGGGAAAGUCAUACCUCAUUCAGUGCUUGAAACGUCUUCUUGGAAACGGCCUUCGUGUCGCAGCCCCUACUGGAGUGGCUGCAUUCAAUGUGGAUGGCUACACCCUCCACUCUCUGUUAGGGCUUCCCAUCAAAGGAGACUUUAAAGAGCUCGAGAGAAACCGCCUUCGAAACAUCCAAGAAUCACUGGCAGCUGUAGAAUACAUCAUCAUUGAUGAGAUGUCCAUGAUAGGCAGAAAGCUUUUUGGUCAAGUAGACAGACGCUUGCGUCAGGUAUUUCCCCACAGAGCAGCUGAACUUUUCGGUGGAUGCUCCUGCUUACUUAUUGGUUAUUACUUACUUACUUACUGCUUGCUUAUUACUUAGUUACCUCCUGUCAUGGAUCUGCCUCUAUACACUACAGAGUCUCGAACAGAACUGUCUGAUCUCGGAAGUGCCAACUAUCGUAUGUUCGAUUGUGCCAUUGUACUAGAUCAAGUGAUGAGGCAGGCUGGACUAGAUUCCGAUCAACAAAUUUUCCGCAACCUGCUCCUCCGCUUGAGAAAUGCUGAGUCAACCAUUGAUGAUUGGGGACAUCUCAUGAGACAGACGCCAGCUGAAGUGGAAGACAUUGCAUCGUUUACUGGUGCCCUGCAUCUAUACACCACUACCGAAGCUGUUGCCGAGCACAAUACGAGCAAGCUGCGUGCGAGUGACUACCCGGUAGCCACAAUCAAGGCUCUCAAUUCAGGUGCAGAUGCAUGCAAGGCCUCGGCUGAUGAUGCAGGUGGAUUGGAGCCGAUUGUCUGCAUUGCUCAUGCAGCCCGUAAUCCACCGCAAUUGCCUGUAGCAGUAACCGUAAAAUUUGACAACUACAGAGGUCCUACUCUCCCAGACGGCACUGUUGCCAUCAUUCCACUUCGUCGCAGCUGCUUCUCAACCAGCCAACAGUGUUCUCGCCUUCAGCUGCCUCUUAAGCUAGCCUGGGCCAUCACCAUUCAUAAGGCCCAAGGUAUGACAAUCAAUAAAGUAGUCAUCGAUGUGGGGAAAAGGGAAUUUGCUUCUGGGUUGACAUUUGUGGCAUGUUCACGUGUUCGUCGCCUCAACGACUUGCUAUUUGUUCCUCCAUUUCCAUUUCAACAAAUAGCCACCUCUAGCAAGAGCAGUCGCCUCAUUGACAGGUUGAAGGAAGAUGCUAGGCUGCAACAGCUGAGUGCUACUUCAGCAAAUCGAGCGAAAGGCAAAGAAAACAUUGUGUAAGCACACUUAAUAGAGAAGUACAAUGGGACGUGGCACAUUUGAAAUACAUUACAAUCUCCUAGGCUGACAUGCAUGUCCUCGUCAACAUAACAACAACACGACGUAGUAUUCAACAACAAUUAUACUA